UUUUUUUACACUGAUUGCUUUUACACCCAUAUAGGCUGUAAAAGCAAUCAUUUCACCUUCUCUCUGGCUGCAUUCCUGCAGCCAUUGAGAAAUACUGUGCGAGCUGUGAUUGGUCACAGCUUGUCACAUGGUACAAGGCUGUUGUGAAUAGCCUUGUAACAUGUGACCUCUGUGAUCAUUGACAGAUUUCACAAGUAGUAAGCAAUGAUGUCAGGAAGUGACAUCUUGUUUACUACUAUUCAUGUGAUCACUGAUUGGCCAAUCAGUGAUCACAUGAUCGGGACCUCACACAGAGGUCCCGUACAGCGAUCUGUGUUCUGCUGUGUCCUCUGGACACAGAGGUCACCGAUCGCGGUGCCAUGCACUCCCAGGGAGCGCCCACAGGCAAUGGAUGCAGGGGGGGUGGGCAUUUAGAAAUGUCCACCCUGCGCUCCUAUCCAGCCGUUUAUCGACAUGGGCCAGAUGGGAAGAGGUUAA